UGAUGCCUCAUGCCCAACUACACGUUUACACUACUGUGUAUGCCUCAUCACGCUGGGCAAACCGAUUGAUAGAUAGAGACUUGACCUGAAAUAAAGCAUGCAAAAUGUCCGCUCAGGACGAUGCCCCCCGUGAACAAUGCCACGAGGAAGCUCCUGCUGGUUCAGGGAAUGCUCCAGCGGCUCGCGAGCAGCAGGAGCUGUACAGCAUCUUUGACAAGCGGCAAAAGGCUUUCAUCGUGACCAUGGUCUCGAUUGCGGCCACCUUCUCCGGCUUUGCAUCCAACAUCUACUUCCCAGCGCUACCGACCGUCGCCCGCGACCUCGACGUCUCUAUCGAACUCGUCAACCUCACCGUCACUUCGUACCUCAUCUUCCAGGGCAUUGCUCCCAGCCUUUGGGGCCCUGUUUCUGACGUCAAGGGCCGCCGCACCGCUUACUUCCUCACCUUCCUCGUCUUCAUCGGCGCGUGCAUCGGGCUCGCAGAGACGCAGAACUAUGCCACACUUGUCGUCCUCCGAUGCCUCCAGAGCACGGGGAGCGCCAGCACCAUCGCCAUAGGGUCUGGUGUCGUGGGCGACAUCACCACCCGCGCGGACCGUGGCAGCUAUAUGGGAAUCUUCCAGGCAGGACUGCUUGUGCCCGUCGCGGUCGGGCCCAUCAUUGGCGGAGCUCUGUCCGGCUCCCUUGGCUGGCGAUCCAUCUUCUGGCUCCUCACAAUCUACGGCGGAUGCUUCCUCGUCGCCAUGACCGUCAUUUUGCCAGAGACUCUGCGCUCCAUCGUCGGUAACGGCACACGCACCCCUGCAGGUGUUUUCCUCCGCCAGCCGUUGAUCGUUUAUCAAAGAACAACUCGCAACGACAUCAACCUCUCCUCCCCUUCGCCGGCAGUAGAGAAGAAACACAUCGACAUCACCGGGCCGUUUCGCAUCCUCAUCAGUAAGCAUGCUGCGCCUCUGAUCGUAUUCUUGGCGACCUACUAUGCCGUCUGGCAGAUGAGCAUCACUGCCAUGUCGACCCUCUUUGAGGAGCGCUUCGGCCUCAGCCAGACGCAAGUCGGGCUGACAUUCAUAGCGAACGGUGUCGGGUCGAUGCUGGGCACUCUCAUCACGGGGAAAAUCCUGGACAGAGACUACCGGCGGGUAAAGGCCGCGCACGCAGGAGAAAAGACUCGAGGCAUGGAGGAAGGCGGCGGUCCUGGCCCUGCAUCGGCCGGUCCCAUAGUCGACGACAGCACGGAAGACGCUGACGACGGCUUCCCCUUGGAAAACGCCCGCCUGCGCCUGGUCCCCAUCUUCGCGCUCGCCCAGUGCCUCUCCAUUGUCCUCUUUGGAUGGUGCAUUGCUUACCCCGCCACCGUCCCCAUCGCGAUUCCCAUCAUAUCGACGUUCAUCACCGGCUGGACCGUCGUCUCCACGCAGUCCGUCAUCAUGACCUAUCUGGUUGACGUGUUCUCUGACCGCAGCGCUGCGGCGAGUGCGAGUCUGAAUCUCGCGAGGUGUCUUUUCGCGGCGGGCGGAACAAGCUUCGUGAUGCCCCUGAUCAAUGGCGUCGGUGUUGGCUGGUGUUUCACUAUCUGUGCGGGCGUGCAAGUGCUUGCGAUGGCAGGAGUGGUGAUUGCCUGGAGGUUUGGAGCAGGCUGGAGGAUGGAGAGCAAAAGGGUGGGAGAGACUGCGCGUGCCGGCUGAAAUCCGCACAUUGCUCUAUUCCAGCCUACUGGUAUAGUGUCGGGUAUUCUCGUUGACAAAUAGGGCAAAAGCCGACUUUCUCCUGGUUCUAUACUAGACCGGGUGGGUCUUGGGCAACGACUCAGUUCCCUUGGAGUUGGAAGUGACCUCCUCAUCAAAUGUCCUACAAAUAGACAAAAGUAAAUAGAUUAUGAACAAUUUGAGCUAUUAGUUGAGCUCCUGGUUAGACAACAG